AUGCAUCUUGCUACCAUCUUCAGAGCGUUGGCAACAGCCACAGCUGCCGUUGCAGUGACGGUUCAAUCGACAUCACUGGGUUUCACCACAUACAAAGAGAUAGUCGAGGGGUCUGACAACUCUGGCGCUAUCCAAUAUUACAGUUUGAACAGAUCUAACUCUCUUUUCCUAUACAUACAAAUCAUCGCCGGCCAGGACCAUUCCACAAUAAUUGAGGAUUUCAAGACUCUUUGCCGCAACUACGGUGCUGCUGGUAUUUCAGUAAUUCCACGAGUCCGAUAUGGAGAUGCUACGGGAUCAGUAGCCACGGCGCCAAAUGACGUUUACCAGUUACUUACAGAUGUUUUGACUUGGGGAAAGGUCUUUUCUGAAAUGUCAGGCACAAUCAACAUCCCUGUCGUCCAAGCCGGGUUCAUUGGGCUGUGGGGAGAGUGGCAUGGCGGACCGUUCGGGGAUGACAUGCGAGUUAAAGAUGCCGUCGUGAAAAUUCUCAUGGCUUUCGGCCUCAAGGUCGCCGUUCGCACUCCUAGCGACCACAAGACUCUCUUCAACGGCGACCGGGCCGUGACGAUCCACAACGACUGCAUCUUUAAUGGAGGACCUAACGGCUACGACGGCGGCACUUUUCCAGCGAACGACAGAGAGGCUUGGGUCAACUAUACAAAGCAGGUCGCCGCCGGGAACAUCUACGGCGGGGAGCCGUGUAACGAAGCAGGCGACUCGACGUACAACUGGGAGAACUAUGAUGAUCUGUGCGGACCCAACGGGCUGGCGGCGUACAUUGAUCAGUUUCAAAUUGCGUAUCUCAACCCUGGAAAUCCUCCGGCGCUUUGGCGAUUAGUUUACACCUCGGGUAGGACCCAGUGCGUCGAUGAUAUUGAGGCCACCCUCCGCCGCAACAGUCAUCUGGGUGGUCUUGAAGGUGUGGCAGGCGGAACGAGACACAUUUUCCAACAUGUGCAUCAGGACAAACAAGGAGGAACAUCUCUCGUCUUUCAACCCCUCCGCCGGCCGUUAGCAUUCAUCAGACAAGAGAGCUUCAACACGGAUUCCACUUCAGAAUCCCACUCGACAAACGACUCCACCAACCUUUGCCCACGCUCCCUCUACAUGAACCAGUGCACUGAUUAUGAGUACACUCUGUCAGACGAGGUGCUCGCCAUAAGAAAGCUGCAAAGACAACAGGCCGUGGAUCAAGUCCGGACGCUGUAUACACGCGGGGUUCCAUUCUUUACGAAGAGUGCCAUAGCGGAUCUGGCGAGCCAAUUUGAGCGCGCAACAAGACAGUUCCAAGAUGAAGGCACUCCAGGCAAGGGGGAGAUAUUCUCCCUGCAAGGACUCGAUGGGAGGAAAAUGGAGAUCGAGAAUGACCUUGGUGCCAUCUGGACAGAGGGAAUGGAAACAGAAAAUAUUCUGGUUGAGCUAGUUUUCGGUUACAAGACGUAUCAGCAGUUGAUCACCGCCAAUCGAGACCCUGAAGACUACUCUCCCACGCUGGCUUUGUGCCCCCUGCGUGUUUAUUACCUUGUUCGCGAGAUUGAUACAGACACACAUCAGCUUCUACACGAGCCUAGCUAUUCGCCAUUGGACACCACCCGAGAAGCCUUGAGAUCCGAAGCGGAAUUCUGGGGAAAGAGUGGGCAAUCCAACAUGCUUACUUCAGCCAUCAUGGCCAAUAUAACUCCAGAGAAGAUCACAAAGAUCAUCGCAUUUUCUUUCGGCUCGAUCUCGGGUGGUGAAGACCUGGAACGCAGUAUUAAACAACACGUCUUGGUACUCACAAUCAAAGAUGUCCUGAAAAAGAUGAUCGCCCAUGCAGAUGUGGAGAUCAGGUGUUACGUUCAGGAUCCGGAAUAUUCGGACGUUGAUCGGACUGCUCUCGCGGGCGCCGGCAUUGAAGUCCUCGAUGACCCGCAAGGUUUCUUGGAGGUCGACGACUCGAGCGUUGUGCUCUCUUUCGAUUCUGCGGUCCCAGUCCGGCAGAUCGUGGCAGACCUUGCGCGGCCAGCUAUCAUGAUAUGGAACAAGGUGAGAAGCGAGGGGGAGUUGAUCCAAUGCUCGUCGGGAGGUGGAGAAAGCCCAAUUUGCAAGAGUUUGGAAGAAAUUGAAGGAGGACUGUGUGACCCGGAAUCGUCACGUUUGCGGCAGAUGGUUCAGAAUGAGUACGUUGUGAUAGGGGAACUGGAUGGCGACAACUUCCCGGAGUCUUGUGUUUAUGUCAGACGAUCAUCGUUCACUGAAACAAAGGGAUAG